AUGGGUGUCCCAGUUCCCGCGCUGUGCACGGGAUUUCGCGUCUGGCAGUAUUCCGAAGAGCUGCUCCUGGAGCCGCUGGAUGCGUCCACCAGCUGCCUUGCCAUCCGCCGAUCCGACGGCAGCCUGAGCGUCGGAGGCGAGCCGUCGCUUGCGGGAACGGUCGCAGAGCCCAAGUCAGCGUGCCUUCUCCUCGGCUUCAUCGAGCUGCUUGCAGGCACGUACGUGCUGCUGGUGACGAACCGGCAGCUCGUCGGCGCGUUCAAGGGUGCGCACGUGUUCCGAGCCACGGCCUUCGAUAUAGUGCCAUGCUGCUCCAAGGACUCCCUCUCACCCAAGCAGAAAGCGGACGAGGAGGAGUACCUCGUUCGCCUGCGCUCCGCCAUGUCAGCUCACGGUCUCUUCUUCUCAUACGGCGCUGACAUCACCACCAGCUUACAGAGGGAGACUCUAGCUGAACCUGCUGGACCAAAGCCCCUGUGGAAGCAGGUAAGCUGCACUGCACUGCACUGUCCAGUCGAGGUCACCCUCAUCGCUCGCCGCGGUGUCGACAGAAUUGGCACGCGCAUGUGGCGUCGAGGUGCAGACUCCAAGGGUGCGGUGGCCAACUUUGUGGAAACAGAGCAAGUGGUGACGGUGGAUGGGGGCGCUGUUGCGUCAUAUGUUCAGAUCAGGGGUUCCAUCCCAGUGCUGUGGGAGCAGAUCGUCAACCUCACGUACAAGCCCAAGCUCCAAACUGUUGUCACAGCCGAGCAACCCUUUGAAGCGCCCCUGAGGCAGCACCUUAGGGGGCUUAAGGAGAUCUACGGCCCUGUCAUUGCCGUUGACCUGGUCAACCAGCAUGGUGGGGAGAGCCGUAUCGGAUCCGCUUAUGCUGGAGCUGUGAACGCCAUCAAGGACCAAGACAUGCGCUACGUGCCCUUUGACUUCCACCACGAGUGCGGUGCCACCAAGUACCACCAGCUCUCCCAGCUGGACGACCAGAUCGGCAAGGACAUGGAGGCCCAGGGAUUCUUCCUGCAAGGCAAGGACGGGUCGGUGCAGAAGCAGCAGCAUGGCACUGUGCGCACCAACUGCGUUGACUGCCUUGACCGCACCAACGUCACUCAGAGCUGGUUCGCCCGGCAUGUGCUGGAGCAUGAGCUCAGGCAUAUGGGGCUGCUGGGGAAGGAUGAGACGGUGGCAGAGCACAGUGACUUUGACGCCAAGUACAAGAUCAUGUGGGCGGACCAUGGUGAUGACAUCAGCACACAGUACACGGGCACGCCAGCACUCAAGGGAGACUAUGUGCGGUACGGCAAGCGCAGCCCGGAGGGUUUCCUCCAGGACGGAGUCAGUGCCGUGAUGCGAUACUUCUUUAACAACUACACUGAUGGCGUGCGGCAGGACGGGCUGGAUCUGGUGAUGGGCAACUACACAGUCAAGCAGGGCGCUCCAUCUCCAUUCACGCGCACGGGCAUUGAGAGAUACACAAACCUGAGGGUGGCCCUCGUGGUGCUCGUGGCCUCCACAUACCUCUUCCUGCGAAACGUCAUCCCUUGUGAGUCACCUUAUACAGAUCGCUUGCACUUCUGUUUCUUGAGGUUUUCUCUCUUUCUUUUUUUUUCCCCCCGAGUAACUCUUUCCUGCAUAGGCAUUCUCCCAACAAGAAAUUCAUUUAAAAUCUUGUGUAAUCAUGCGUUCUAA